AUGGCGGCAAAUGUAGCGGAAGGGAAGGUGAAGGAGUACGAUUACAUUGUGAUUGGGGGAGGCAGUGGUGGGAGUGCCACGGCUAGGAGAGCGUCUGGGUGGUAUGGAAAGAAGACUUUGUUGGUGGAGAAUGGGAAAUCCGGAGGUACCUGUGUUAAUGUGGGUUGUAUCCCCAAGAAAAUGACUUGGAACUUUGCAUCUGUAGCCGAAUCUCUCAGAGAUUCCGUACAUUAUGGAUUUGAGACGCCAGCAAAUAUCCCGUUCUCUUUCCCGGCAUUCAAAAAGAGACGAGAUGAGAAGAUUGUAAGUUUGAAUCGGGCUUAUGACCGGAAUUGGUCGAGAGAGGGUAUCGAGCUAUUGCGCGGCACAGCAUCGUUCGUUACUCCUAAAGAGAUGGACAUUGAGCUUGUAGAUGGGUCUGGGAAGUUGAGGGUCAAGAGUGAUCAUAUCUGUCUGACGACAGGAGGAUAUCCGAUUGUCCCAAAGGAGAUCGAGGGAGCGUGGUUUGGGAUCACUAGUGAUGGGUUCUUUGAUAUCGAGGAGUUGCCUUCGAAGAUUGCUGUUGUGGGGGCGGGGUAUAUUGCUGUUGAGAUUGCGGGGAUGUUGAAUGCGAUGGGGGUUGAAGUUCAUAUGUUUAUCCGUGGAGAGACGUUCUUGAGGAGUUUUGACCCAAUGGUUCAGACGAUUAUGACAGAGCGGUACGAAGCUGCUGGAGUCAAGAUCCAUAAAGGGUACAAGGGGUUUGAGAAGGUGGAAAGAGUCAGUGAUGGGAAGGGGGAUGAGAAGGUGUUGAAGCUGUUCUUGAAGGAUUCGGAGACCAUGCUUGUUAAUGAGCUCCUCUGGGCCGUGGGUAGGAAACCUGAGACUGAGAGCUUGAAAUUGGAAAAUUCGGGGGUGAAGCUUGGAGACAAGGGUUACAUUGCCGUGGAUAAAUUUCAGAACACUAAUGUUGACGGAAUAUACGCUCUGGGAGACGUAACAGGACAGAUGGAACUAACACCAGUGGCCAUCGCAGCAGGAAGACAUCUAUCAAAUCGCCUCUUCGGCCCACCACAUCUGAAGAACUCCUUUCUUCCAUACGAAAACGUCCCAACAGUGGUCUUCGCUCACCCAGAAAUCGGCACGAUCGGCCUCACCGAGCCACAAGCUAUUUCUAAAUACGGAAAAGAAAACAUCAAGAUUUACCAGUCGAAAGUCUCUGCGACGUUCUACUGGUUCUUCCCGCCAGAAGAGGAUAAGAAGAAUCCAACUGAAUUCAAGAUCAUCUGUGAAGGGCCAGAAGAGAAGAUCGUGGGUUUGCACUUGCUAGGUUUGGGUGUGGGUGAAAUGCUGCAGGGUUUCGCAGUUGCUGUAAAGAUGGGAGCUAGAAAGAGGGAUUUCGAUGCUUGCGUCGCUAUCCAUCCUACUAGUGCGGAGGAAAUUGUGACGAUGAAGUAG